UUAGUUUAGUUAGGAAAACAUAGAGGCGCCGGUGCUGCGUAUUAGCGGAACGAUUCAAACAGACUAGUGAGGUUUCUGCCCGGAAUUUAAAAGUUGUUUCCGUUGCUCGGCGGAAGUGUGGGUCGGCAGAGGACGACUUGAAGAAGCCGCUCUCCGCUGUGUGGCGAUCGGAAUCAUGUCGAGUUUGGCGGUGAGAGACCCGGCAAUGGAUCGAUCACUGCGUUCCGUGUUCGUGGGGAACAUUCCGUAUGAGGCAACUGAAGAGCAGUUAAAGGACAUUUUCUCAGAGGUUGGUUCUGUUGUGAGUUUCCGGCUGGUAUACGAUAGAGAGACGGGCAAACCUAAGGGUUAUGGCUUCUGCGAGUACCAAGACCAGGAGACCGCGCUUAGUGCCAUGCGGAACCUUAAUGGGCGGGAGUUCAGCGGGAGAGCGCUUCGCGUGGACAAUGCAGCCAGUGAAAAGAACAAGGAGGAGCUAAAGAGCCUAGGGCCUGCAGCGCCUAUCAUUGACUCACCCUACGGGGACCCCAUCGAUCCAGAAGAUGCUCCUGAGUCGAUUACCAGAGCAGUCGCUAGUCUUCCCCCGGAGCAGAUGUUUGAGCUGAUGAAGCAGAUGAAGCUCUGUGUCCAAAACAGCCACCAGGAAGCUCGAAAUAUGUUACUUCAAAACCCACAGCUGGCUUAUGCGCUGUUGCAGGCACAAGUAGUGAUGAGAAUUAUGGAUCCAGAGAUUGCUCUGAAAAUUCUGCAUCGCAAAAUUCAUGUCACACCACUCAUCCCAGGGAAAUCUCAAUCCGUUUCUGGCCCUGGCCCUGGCCCCGGCCCUGGGCUCUGUCCUGGACCUAACGUUCUGCUGAACCAGCAGAACCCCCCGGCCCCUCAGCCUCAACAUUUGGCCAGAAGACCUGUGAAAGACAUCCCUCCUCUGAUGCAGACCCCUAUCCAGGGUGGAAUUCCACCCCAAGGCCCGAUGCCAGCCGCAGUUCCUGGCCCUGGCCCCUUAACUCCUGGCGGAGCAAUGCAGCCUCAAGUUGGAAUGCCAGGAGUUGGCCCUGUGCCCUUAGAGCGGGGGCAGGUGCAGAUAUCUGAUCCCAGAGCUCCUAUGCCUCGUGGACCCAUGACUGCUGGUGGCCUGCCUCCUCGAGGACUGUUAGGGGAUGCUCCAAAUGACCCACGUGGAGGGACUUUGCUUUCAGUCACUGGAGAGGUGGAGCCCAGAGGCUAUCUUGGCCCACCACAUCAGGGUCCUCCAAUGCACCAUGCCGCUGGUCAUGACAGCAGGGGCCCUUCCUCACAUGAGAUGAGGGGAGGGCCCUUAGCAGAUCCUAGAAUGCUCAUGAGUGAGCCCAGAGGACCUAUGAUAGAUCAAAGGGGCCUACCUAUGGAUGGCAGAGGCAGCAGAGACUCUCGAGGGAUGGAGACUCGAGCCAUGGAAACAGAGGUCUUAGAGACACGAGUGAUGGAGAGAAGAGGAAUGGAGACCUGUGCAAUGGAAGCCAGAGGAAUGGAAGCGAGAGGCAUGGAUGCAAGAGGAAUGGAGAUGAGGGGCCCUGGCCCCAGUUCGAGAGGCCCUAUGACUGGGGGAAUUCAGGGUCCAGGUCCUAUUAAUAUGGGGGCAGGUGGUCCUCAGGGACCCAGACAGGUUCCCAGCAUUUCAGGGGUGGGAAACCCUGGACCUGGCAUGCAGGGGGCAGGUAUGCAAGGAGGUGGCAUGCAGGGGGCAGGCAUACAAGGUGCUGGCAUGCAGGGGGCAGGCAUGCAAGGAGCUGGCAUGCAGGGGGCAGGCAUGCAAGGGGCAGGCAAGCAAGGUGGAGGCCAGCCUAGCAGUUUUAGUCCUGGGCAGAGCCAAGUAACCCCCCAGGAUCAAGAAAAGGCAGCUUUGAUCAUGCAGGUUCUUCAGCUGACUGCAGAUCAGAUUGCCAUGCUGCCUCCUGAGCAAAGGCAGAGUAUCUUGAUUUUAAAGGAACAAAUCCAGAAAUCUACUGGAACUUCUUGAAAGGUUUUAGAAAAUAUUUGGUGGUAGUCUCACAAAGGUUUUCUGUAGCAUAGAGGAUGGGUAGGUGCAAAAAGCUGACUUCUGAAACCCCACACUUGAAUGAUUAGGGUUUCUUUCCUCCCAGAACCUAAUUUCAUUUCUUGUUGUCUUUUCUUUUAAAUUGUGGGGUAGGGGGAGGAGGGAGUGGGUCUGUUUAAUUCCCUGUAAAUAUACAAAAAUAACUGAACAUGAUUAUAUACCAAAUAAGAUUACAAAGGUUAUGCAGUAUUAUUAAAUGUGUCUACAAGGUGUUAAGUCCAUUUUAAAAAUACUGAGUAAAACAAUGUGAAAACUGCAUAAAGACUAAAAGAUGACCUGUUCAAAUGGUAAUGUACUGAGAUAGUUUAACAUGUUUGGUUGUGUAAGAAAAUAAAGAUGUUUACCUCAGAAUUACAAGAUGUAUUUUUUUGGUAAGGCAUUUAAGGUACAAAAUCCUAUUUCAGGGGCAAUACAAUGCUGUAUUGGUUUAAGCAUUGUCUUACUAUAAAUUUUGGAAUUACUUCAGGAUGUUAGAGCUAACCAGAUAAUUCUCAACUUGUGGUAUUUGCAAUUUUUUUUUUCCCCCUGAAGUUAAGGACACACCUUAUUAGCAUGAUGUUUUAUUUAUCUGGCCCUUCCAGCAAUAUUUUGGUCUGGCUUUUAGCAUGACUUUUCUAGGACAGUUCUAGGUCAACUAAGUUACUCAAAUCUGCUCUGAUGAGACUGUAUCUCUGAGUAAUGUCCUAUUUGUCAGCAGCCUUGAAUUAAUUGAAUCUAAAUAAUUCUCUCAUGUUCUUCCCCAAAAUCAUUGUGUAGGGUCUCGUUGAUCUGGAUGAAUUAUACACAGCAUUGGACUUUUCUUAAAUAAUCUAUUAUUUUCUUAAAUAGUGGAAGGCUUCAUGCAGUAAAGCUCUCAAGUUUCCUAGAAAGUCACUUCCAUUACACAGAUGGUAUCCAUAUGGUCAACCAAAAUAAGGAAUUAAAAAUUUUAGUCUCAGCAACAUUUAAAAUGCCUUUUAGUUCCUAUUUCAGUUUGCUUAUCUGUCACCAUUUUAUCAGAAUAAUUGAGGCCCAGAUUUAAAGGUAUUCUUGUAGCCUGAAAUACACUCAAUUGGUUAUUACUUUCCUUUUACAAGCAAUAAAUAAAGUAAUUUAAUUCUAAUAUACAUACCCAUGAGACAUUUAAAAAUCUGUAGGAGGUGGGGCUUACCAGGUACCUUUAGAGCUACUACCUGAUUUAUCUUUAAGCCUUUAGGAUGUGAACAAACAUCCUUUUUUGUUUGUGAGACAAACACUUAUAUGAUAGAAUAAGUAGUAAUUAACAGAAAUAACCCAAAUAACAUCCAGAAAUGCUGAAGUAACCAGUUGAUCUUGGAAGAAGAAAAGCCAGUAUCUGCUUACAGAGGGAAAAUAAUAAUAUAAAGUAAGCCUAGAAAUAUUUUCCCUUUGCAAGGUUUUUAUACCUUAAAUGGAUAAUUGAUUCUUUAAGUUUUCCUCCCUAUGAUGUUUCCUGGGGCCUAUUUUACUGUUUUAUUGUUCAUACUGUUAAUUUCCCCAUGUUUUCUAUAUGUGUCCCCUUAUUGGAGGGGAUAAAACACUCCUUUAUAUCUGUAUAGUUCUUGUUAAUAUGAACUCAGAGUUGGCUAGGUUACUUCAAAAUUCUAGUUACUGUAUCCCAAAGCUUUCACUGAAAGAUUUUUAACUGAAAACCAUUAAAUUUUAAUGUUCUUUGUUGUAGUAAAAUGUGCAUUGUUUAAUGCAGACUGAAAAAUAAAAUUUAGGCUGAGUCUA